CGAAUAGUAAUCAGUACUACCAGAAAAAUAAAUUUGUUCUUCUUUAUUGUUUGGCACUGAAAUCCACACUCCAAAUUGUCCUAAUCGAUCGCGUUCUCUCUCAGCACUUCAUUUUCAAAAUAUUCUACUUCUGUUGAAUCGGAACACCGAUUCAAAGGAGUGUUAUUGCUGAUUAUUAAUUUAAUUUCCAUUUCGAUUGUAAACACUCGGAUCGGCUGAAUUAGACUCAGUAACUGGAUUGAAUUGGAAGUGAGUUGAGAAGCAAAGCAAAUGCAGAAAAAGGAGUCGGGUGGGCGAUUCACGGGGAUGGUGAUUCGGUCCCGAAUUUCGAUUCUCUUGUUCUCAAUGUUUUCAGCUUUUGCUUCUCUAUAUGUCGCCGGACGAUUGUGGCAGGACGCGGAGAACAGAGUUUAUUUAGCUAAGGAGCUUGAUAGAAUUACUGGUCAGGGAAAAUCUGUGCUGUCAGUUGCUGAUUCAUGGAAAAUCAUUGAAUGCAGGGAACAGCAGAAGAUAUUGUCGGGCUUGGAGAUGGAACUUGCAGCUGCUAAACAGGAAGGUUUUGUUUCAAAGCUUUUGUCUGAAACUGAUAAAAGCCCUAUGAGGAAGCCGCUCGUAGUGGUUGGAAUACUUACAGGAUUUGGUCGUAAGAGCAACAGAGAUGCUAUAAGGAAGGCAUGGAUGGGCACAGGUACAACUUUGAAAAAGUUGGAGGAACAGAAAGGCAUCGUUAUCCGUUUUAUCAUUGGCAGAAGUUCCAAUCGAGGAGACAGCUUGGAUAGGGGCAUUGAUAACGAAAACGCACUAGCAAAUGAUAUUUUUAUCCUUGAUAACCAUGUGGAGGCCCCUGAGGAACUACCAAACAAGACAAAGUUAUUCUUUGCUCAAGCUGCCGAACAUUGGGAUGCACGCUAUUAUGCAAAGGUCAAUGAUGAUGUCUAUGUAAAUAUUGAUGCCUUUGCAAAUACACUUGCUGCUCAAGAGUACAAGCCUCGUUUAUAUAUUGGGUGUAUGAAAUCAGGAGAAGUUUUCUCUGAAAAGGGAAAAAGAUGGUACGAACCAGAUUGGUGGAAAUUUGGGGAUGGGAAAACUUAUUUCCGCCAUGCUUCAGGCGAGAUGUUCGUGAUAACUAAGGCUCUGGCCAAGUUCAUAUCAAUUAACAAAUCUUUCCUUCGCACAUAUGCACAUGAUGACAUCAGCGUAGGAUCGUGGUUUAUUGGUCUGGAUGUGCAGCAUGUGGACGAGAAUAAGUUUUGCUGCUCAUCUUCUUGGUCCACAGGAGCCUUGUGUUCAGGUGUAUGAUCUUGUUUUAAGAUUCAGAGAGAGCUCAUAUUCUUUACAGCGGCGUUGACAAAUCUAUUGCACAUACGAUGAUUUUAGAUCAGGAGGAAUUCUUUUUUUCUUUUUCGGCCCCUUACAUGUUCAAAAAUUUCACAUACUACUGUCUUAUCUACAUUAUUUUGAGAUGUACUAGUAGCUUUUUGGAACCACAGUGUUUCUCUGUAGCAGUUGUGACAUAUAUUCAGAUGCUCCUAACAUACGCAUAUCCAGUUAUCCACUCUUUUCUGCAUUGACCAUGUAUUCGGCAUGUAUUUAUAUCGAGUAGAUGUUCGAUUUUGUCA